GUUAUUUUCUUACGAAACUUCCCUGAGACACGUGGGUCCAAUUCGCUGUCUCCUCAAAGGCCAAAGCAACCAGGGACAAACUCUAACCCUUUUAAUCUUUUUUUGGUUGCAUUUCGGAUCUAACUCAGGAAAAAAAACAGUAUUUUUAGCUCUGCAAUUGCAAAUUUUCUCGUUUUUUUAGCCGAAGUGAAUGUUAUUCCAAUUGGGUAAGCUGUGAUCAAGCAGUUGAAGUUUUUUGUUGCAAAAUUUGCCAGUUAUCUUGACUUUUUGUGAAGUUGGUAAAUUUUUCAUUUGGGUAAGUUGUGAUCAAGCAGUUGAAGAUUUGCACUUUGUAUUCUUACUGUGAAAUUGCAGUUUUGUUGAUUAUAGAUGGGGUGGAAUUGUUAAUUUCUUCUAAAGUUUUAAAGGGUUGAUUUGGUUUUACCUGAAAUAGGGAGAAUAUGACUUGUAGUUUUGGAAUUUGCUUCUUUUCUUGGUCUGCAUAGUUGAAUGUUAUUAGAAAACUUAUGGAAAGUUUUGGUCAAACUUUUGUCCUUUGAGAAGAAUUUCUUGUAUUGGUGAUUGGUUAUGGUCUUGGAGAGGUUCUUUUUUUUUUGCAUAGAGCCUGUGCGGAGAAUAUUAUACAUGGUUAAAAACAUUAGAUUUUCUGGACUUUGACUAUCUUAGAUGUAGAUAAAUUUUGUAUAUGUUUUUAGACCAUUAGAAUUGGGAAAUGGCUUGUUCUGCUGAACCAUCAUCAUCUAUAAGCUUUACUUCAUCUUCCAUUACAUCGAAUGGGUCGAUUGGCGUUGGCCAAAACACUCAUGCUUAUGGCGGCUCUGAGACAGGGAGUAGUUAUGAAAUCAUCAGCUUGAGUAAACUCAGUAACAAUUUAGAGCAACUCUUGUCAGAUUCCAGCUCUGAUUUUACUGAUGCUGAGAUUGUUGUUGAGGGUGUUUCACUUGGUGUUCACCGUUGUAUAUUAGCUGCCAGGAGUAAAUUUUUUCAGGAUCUUUUUAGGAAAGAGAAGGGAAGUUGUGGAAAGGAAGGAAAAUUGAAGCAUUUCCCUCCGGAGGUAUCAACAUGUAUGGACACUAUAUGUGCUCAUGACUCUUGCAGACCAGCAAUUAAUUUUAGUGUGGAGUUGAUGUAUGCCUCUUCCAUGUUUCAGGUUCCAGAGCUAGUAUCACUUUUCCUGAGACGCCUUAUCAAUUUUGUUGGGAAGGCUCUUGUGGAAGAUGUUAUCCCAAUACUUAGAGUUGCUUUUCAUUGCCAAUUGAGCGAGCUUCUCACUCAUUCCGUUGAUAGAGUAGCACGAUCAGAUCUUGAAAUCACAUGCAUUGAGAAAGAGGUUCCCUUUGAAGUUGCAGAGAAUAUUAAAUUAUUGUGGCCGAAAUGUCAGGUUGAUGAAAGUAAGGUUCUACCUGUGGAUCCCUUGCAUGAAAAGAGAAAAAAUAGGAUAUACAAGGCAUUGGAUUCGGAUGAUGUUGAACUUGUCAAGCUUCUACUGAGUGAGUCUAACAUAAGCUUAGAUGAAGCCUACGCUCUUCAUUAUGCUGUGGCAUAUUGUGAUCCCAAGGUUGUGACUGAGGUUCUUGGACUGGGUGUUGCGGAUGUCAACCUACGUAAUACUCGUGGUUACACUGUGCUUCACAUUGCUUCCAUGCGUAAGGAGCCAGCAGUAAUUGUAUCGCUUUUGACUAAGGGAGCUCGUGCAUCAGAGACUACAUUGGAUGGGCAGAGUGCUGUUAGUAUCUGUAGGAGGCUGACUAGGCCUAAGGAGUACCAUGCAAAAACAGAACAAGGCCAGGAAGCAAACAAAGAUCGGGUAUGUAUUGAUGUUUUGGAGAGAGAGAUGCGUCGCAACCCAAUGGCUGGAGAUGCAUUGUUUUCUUCCCCAAUGUUGGCCGAUGAUCUGCACAUGAAACUGCACUACCUGGAAAAUAGAGUGGCAUUUGCACGGUUACUGUUCCCUCUUGAAGCCAGACUAGCCAUGCAAAUUGCAAAUGCUGAGACUGCAGCUGAAGUAGCAGUCCGUUUGGCAUCUAAAAGUACAUCUGGGAACUUGAGGGAGGUUGAUUUGAAUGAGACACCCAUAAAGCAGAAAGAAAGACUUCUUUCAAGGAUGCAAGCCCUCUCGAAGACAGUUGAACUUGGCAAGCGCUAUUUUCCACAUUGCUCUCAAGUUCUGGACAAGUUUAUGGAGGAUGACUUACCCGACUUAAUUUUCCUUGAGAUGGGCACUCCAGAGGAGCAAAAGAUCAAGAGGAAGCGAUUUAAGGAGCUCAAAGAUGACGUUCAACGGGCAUUUAACAAAGACAAAGCUGAACUUCAUUGCUCCCGCUUGUCCUCAUCAUCAUGUUCCUCUUCUUUUAAAGAUGGUGCAAGUGUCAAACUUAGGAAACUAUGAGUAAAUAGGGUUUUGUCCUAUAGUUUCUCUACCAUCUCAGUUUUGAAUGUAAGAUUAAUAGUUUUUAUAAAGACUUGUCUUGUACAACCUUCAUUAGAGCGCCUGCUUUGUCGCUAUCCAUUUCCCUAUUCAGCUUGUUAAACUUCCAUGUUUACAGUAGAAAGAAAUUUGCUUAGGAACAA